AUGUACGUGAAUGGGGAGAAGGAGACGAUCAGUUGCGAGCGUGCCAUCAGGGUCUACACGGCCAUCGGCACGCACAACUUGCGGAAGGUCGACAACCAGUCGGAGGAGUUCCACGUGUCUUUUGUUCUGAGGCUGAUGUGGAAGGAUCCGAACCUCCGAAACUUCAGGGCAAAGCUCGCUCUGCGGCGGCAGACACCGACGCAGACACCGACGCAGACACCGACGAACAUCCAUCCGGGCAUCGAGGAGCUGGACGUCCUCAUCACCAAGAUGUACGAGAAUGGGGACCUUGAGUAUGUAGUUGUGGGGGAGAAGGACACGGACGCGAACCCCACUUUGCACAGCAUCUCGCGCGGAGAGUAUGCGUUUGUCGGCGAGCCGAAGUGGGAGCACUACUUCUUCCCGAAGUACACCUUCACAAACAUCUGCCAGGAUGCCGAGACGGUCUUUGAGGAGCGCCGGGUCAGGUGGUGUGAUGGCACAGGAGGCUUCGUAGAGUACCGGGCGAAGUACGAAGCGAGAUUCUCGGAGUCCUUGGAGCUCCAGCGCUUUCCUCUUGACCGGCAACUCUGUAGGAUUAAGCUCACAGCGGAGCUUCCGGCGGAGGAGUUCCAGUUCGAGCAGCCAAGCAUGCUGUACGUGCGCCACUGCGACAGCGACUUCGACUUCAUGACCCAGCGAUCCAACGCCACGGUGCUGAUACACGUGGAGCGCGAUGCGUCCUACUACUUCCACAGCGUGCUGAUGAUGGUCUUCAUGGUGAACACCGUGAGUCUCUGCGGUUUGCGCAUUCCGCCAAAUGACCUCGGUGGUCGCCUGGGCCAUCUCAGCACUUGCUUCCUGGCCGUACUGGCCUACCGCUAUGUGAUUGAGGACAAGCUUCCUCAGAAGCAGUACCUGACAGCGGCCGAUUGGUACAUACUGCUGGCAUGCUUUUUUCUUGUGAUGCUUUGCCUGCAAACGCUCUUCUUUUCCGCUGCUUGCACCGAGCCAGACAUCCUGGAAGAAGGGGAGGGGGAGACUUGGGACACUUGGUGCAAGACGUGGGACGGAAGGUUCAGUCGGGCGGCAGCGGCCGUGUGGAUCAUGGGCAACCUCAUCCUCUACUUCAUGUCCUGCUUCAAGUGGCGGGCGAGCUGGAGACAUGUCUACGCCAAGAAUGCAGAGCCUUACUGUUGUGUCGGGCAGUGCCCUGUCUGCAAACAUCGUUGGAUCUGCAAGCAGUUUCCGAGACACGGUCGAGGCGGGUCGUGUGGGAAGUGUGGGCAACAUGAAAAUGUCCUCGUCGAGUACUGCACACCCUUCGACCACAAGCCUCUCGUGGAGCCGCAGGACCCCCCAAAGACACCGGAGGAGAUGAAACGAGCGAUUUCCUAUGGUUCCAAGCCCCUCGGAGUGAAGUUCUUGGGGCCAGCCGCUGCUCUUGCUUAUGGCGGUUAA